AUGAAGCUGGAGGUGUUCUCGCAGCACUAUGAGGACAAACUGAGCACCGGCAGCGACCAGGAAGGCAGCGGCUCGCUCUCCCCGGCUCCGGCGGAGAGCGAACUGGGCUCGGACGGUGACUGCGCGGCCAACAGCCCGGGCGGCGGGGCCGGGCGGCCGGGGCAUCCCCCUCCGCCGCCCCCCACGCCGCAGCCCCCGCCACCGCCGCCUGCCGAGAGCGCCAAGGGGAAACCCUACACGCGGCGCCCGAAACCGCCCUACUCCUACAUCGCGCUGAUCGCCAUGGCCAUCCGCGACUCGGCCGGCGGCCGCCUGACCCUGGCCGAGAUCAAUGACUACCUGAUGAGCCGCUUCCCCUUCUUCCGCGGCGCCUACACCGGCUGGCGCAACUCGGUGCGCCACAACCUCUCCCUCAACGACUGCUUCGUCAAGGUGCUGCGCGACCCGGCGCGGCCCUGGGGCAAGGACAACUACUGGAUGCUGAACCCCAGCAGCGAGUACACCUUCGCCGACGGCGUCUUCCGCCGCCGCCGCAAGCGCCUCAGCCGCGCCGCCCCGCCGCCGCCGCCGACGCCGCACGCCCGCCUCCUGUGGCCGGCGCCGCCCGCGCCCCCGCACCUGCUGCCCGGCCCCUACCCGCUGCUGCCCUACCCACCUGCCGCGCAGCCCCCGCCCGCCGCCGCCCUCUACGGCGGGGGCCUCCUGCAGCUCUGCGCCUACGGGCUGGCGGAGCCAUCGCCGCCGCCGCCGCUGCUGCUGGGGGGGCGGCCCGCGCUGGCCCCGGGGGAGGCGUCGCCGCUGGCGGAGCGGCCGCGGGCGCCGCUGUUCCACGCCGGCUUCCCCAAGGGCGGGCGGGGGCCGCCGUCCGGCUCCCCGGUCUACGGGCCCCUCCGGCUGGCCGGGCCGCUGCCGCCGGCAGCGGGGGGCUCGACCUCGUUCCAGCCGUACGCCGUGGAGACCCCGCUGGCUUAAUGGAGCCCCCCUCCUCCCCUGCGAGGGACCUGCCCGGGGAGGCGUGGAGGGGGAAAGGAGGAGGCUCUGGAUCCCGCACUUUAACUCCAGAGGCGACCACAGCCUCCAAGCAAAAGCCUCGGUGACUGUGCCUUAGUGAAAUGACAGUGGGUUUAACUUAAGCCAAAAAAAAAA